CUCCUCUGCCCUCCUCUGCCAGAACAGCCAUUCUGGGAAGAUGCCACCAGUCCUGAUUCUCCUGACCUUUCUCCUGCCACUUGGAGCUGGUGCAGAGGAGAUUAUCGGGGGCCAUGAGGUCAAGCCCCACUCCCGCCCCUACAUGGCCUUUAUUAAGUCUGUGGAUAUCAAUGGGAAGAAGGGUAACUGCGGAGGCUUCCUGAUUCGAUACAACUUCGUGCUGACAGCUGCUCACUGCAAUGGAAGCUCAAUGACAGUCACGCUGGGGGCCCACAACAUCAUGACAAGAGAGAAGACACAGCAGGUCAUCCCUGUGGAAAAAGCCAUUCCCCACAGGGACUAUAAUCCUAAAGCCCGCUCCAAUGACAUCAUGCUGUUAAAGCUAAAGAGAAAGGCCAAGAGGACUAGAGCUGUGAGGUCCCUCAGCCUGCCCAGCCGCUAUGACCGUGUAAAGCCUGGGGACGUGUGCCAUCUGGCUGGCUGGGGAUCAAAUUCCACUGAGAACAUUUUACUGACUGCCGGCCUUCAAGAGGUUGAACUGAUCGUCCAGGAGGACCAGAAAUGCAAAAAUCACUUCCGUCACUAUUCCAAAACCACAGAGAUUUGUGCUGGAGACCCGAAGAAAGCAAAGGCUGCUUUCAAGGGUGACUCUGGGGGACCCUUCGUGUGUGACAACAGAGCUUAUGGAGUUUUAGCCUAUGGAAAAUCCAAGAGGAUCGCCUCUGCAGUCUUUAUGAAGGUCGUCCACUUCCUGCCCUGGAUAACUAGAAACAUGAAGCUCCCCUAACAGCUCUUAACCUGCCUGUGCAGGACCAGCUUGUCUGUGCACAGACAAGAACUGCAGGGAAUGGGCC